CUUCCCUGCUGCUUCGCCGCCGCCCGUCCUCGUCAGCUGCCAUGCCGCCCUGCUCUACCACUUCUCCACCGCGACUGUUGCGAUUUCGUGCGCGGAGUGAUUGGGCGAGCGCGACCUUCCCUACGAAGGCGACUCCGCGUCGAGUCCCAUGCCCAUCUCCCUUCUCCACGCCACCCCUACCAUCACCUCGACGCGGGGCAUGCCAGCUCCUCCUCUCCCCUUCCCUUAAUCCAGAUCCGUGGAGGUGGCCGGCAGGAACGCCAUCGACCUUAGGGUUGAGCAGUGGCGAUCAUCCCAGAUCAGAGUCAUCCGGCAUCGCUCGAGGGAGACGGUGUCUGUACAACAUUGUGGCAUCCUCGUCGGUCGAUCUACGUGCAGCUGCGGCUCCCUGUCCCGGCAAGGUCUCCGAGGACGGCUGGCUGUGGCUAGCGAAGGCGGUGGCGCCAACGUCGAGGGUGAAGUCAGGUUUGCGGGAACUCAUCGAUCCGGUCAGUGGAGCGCAUCUUCCCUCCGUCGUGGCUGCUGCUGUAUUGGGGUGCUUGCCAUGCUUGGGUGGUGAUGCUCUGUCUUCCACCCUGACUUCUUGUCAGUCGAUCUACGCGCAGCUGCGGCUCCAUGUACCGACAAGGUCUCUGUGGAUGACAAGCUCAUUGAGUAUGUCACCCUCCUCCUCGUCCGCUUCCUCGACGUCCUCUAGGACCUACACGCCCGCGAGUUCAUACGUCUGGUCUACUUCCGAGAUCCGCAUAUCAUUUGUUCAAUGAUAUUCCCAUACAGAUUGUUUGGUUGUGUUUCUACUAUACAGGUGCAUCAGCGCUACAAGCCGGCAUGGCUGCUUUCUUUUCUUCUGUACUUUCCUUUCUUUUGUCUUUGCCUGAUUGACAUUGUGUUACUCAUGUUCUGCCCAAUUAGUUUUGCAGUUGCUUAAUCUUGGUGU